AAAAAGUAUGGAUCUGUUGCACAAAGGAUGGUUUACUGAGUUUUCGCCGGAUGACCUGGAGCGAAUGAAGCAGGGUGGUUCAGGCGACUCGAAACAAUUGAAAUCCGACGGAGUAGCAAUGGGAGGUGCUUGGCCCGGUCAGGCUUUCUCUCUCAAGGUCAAGGAGGUGUUGUUCCACGAGAAGAGCGAUUACCAAGAUGUUCUUGUAUUCAAAAGCGAAACCUACGGUAACGUUCUUGUACUGGAUGGAAUCAUUCAAGUAACGGAACGCGACGAAUUCUCCUAUCAAGAAAUGCUCGCUCAUCUGCCUAUGUUUGCUCAUCCUAAUCCAAAAAAGGUGCUUAUCAUUGGAGGAGGAGACGGUGGUAUACUCCGAGAAGUCUUGAAACAUCCAGAAGUUGAACAUGUGACGAUGUGCGAAAUCGACAAAAUGGUCAUUGAUGUCUCAAAAAAAUUUUUGCCGCAAAUGUCCUGCUGUUUCUCCGAUCCCAAGUUGAAUCUGUUCUGUGGUGACGGAUUUGAAUUCUUGAAGAACCAUAAGAAUGAGUUUGAUGUUAUAAUCACCGACUCUUCUGAUCCGGUGGGACCAGCGGAAAGUCUGUUUGGUCAAUCCUACUAUGAGCUGCUUCGAGAUUCGCUGAAUGAAAAUGGUGUGCUUUCAUCUCAGGGUGAAUGUGCAUGGCUUCAUCUCGGUUUGAUUGCUCACAUGGUCCGCUUCAAUCGUACUUUAUUCCCUAACGUAAAGUACGCUCAAGCGGCAGUUUCCACCUAUCCUUCGGGCACAAUGGGCUACCUCAUCUGUUCAAAAUCGAAUAUUGAUGUCACUAAACCAUCACGGGUUCUCACAGAAGAUGAUGUAAAGAAGAUGAAAUUACGGUUUUACAAUUCCGAAGUACAUUCCGCUGCCUUCGUUUUACCACAGUUCAUUAAAGAGGAACUCGAAAAGAAGUGAGGCUUUGUUUAAUGUAGAUUUUGUUUUUUACAAUAAUUUUCUUAUAUUAAUAAUG